GCGCCGGUGGUGGCGGCAGCGGCGAGGCGGCGGAGGACAGUGUGCGGCGGGUCUGCGGCGGGUAGAGGUGUGAGGGAGACGAGGAACCUGAGCGGGAGCCGGGCCGGUGUGGCCGCCGCCGCCGCCAUGCAGGAAAUCAUCGCCAGCGUGGACCAUAUCAAGUUCGACUUGGAGAUCGCAGUGGAGCAGCAGCUCGGAGCGCAGCCGCUGCCCUUCCCCGGCAUGGACAAGUCGGGGGCUGCUGUCUGUGAAUUCUUUCUGAAAGCUGCCUGUGGCAAAGGGGGCAUGUGCCCAUUCCGCCACAUCAGCGGCGAGAAGACAGUCGUGUGCAAACACUGGCUGCGGGGGCUGUGCAAGAAGGGCGACCAGUGCGAGUUCCUGCACGAGUACGACAUGACCAAGAUGCCCGAGUGCUACUUCUACUCCAAGUUCGGGGAGUGCAGCAACAAGGAGUGCCCCUUCCUGCACAUCGACCCCGAGUCCAAGAUCAAAGACUGUCCAUGGUACGACCGCGGCUUCUGCAAGCACGGCCCCCUGUGCAGGCACCGGCACACGCGGAGAGUCAUCUGUGUGAAUUACCUCGUGGGAUUCUGCCCGGAGGGGCCCUCGUGCAAAUUCAUGCACCCUCGAUUUGAACUGCCAAUGGGAACCACGGAGCAGCCCCCACUGCCACAGCAGACGCAGCCUCCGGCAAAGCAAAGUAACAAUCCGCCAUUACAAAGGUCGUCCUCCUUGAUCCAGUUAACGACUCAGAACUCUUCUCCCAAUCAGCAGAGAGCCCCGCAGGUCAUCGGGGUCAUGCAGAGCCAAAACAGCAGCGCGGGCAACCGGGGACCCCGGCCGCUGGAGCAGGUCACCUGCUACAAGUGUGGUGAAAAAGGACACUACGCCAACAGAUGCACCAAAGGGCACUUGGCCUUUCUCAGUGGACAGUGACAGCAGCUGGAGCCAGCUCAGAGCCGCCGGAAGGGCCCCACUGUCGGGGACCACUCUGGGCCACCUUUGGGAGUGUGCAUUUAACUGUUUCAUGCCAGUGUUAGCACAGCUCUAGCUGGAGCUAGCAGGCAGGCAUGCUGGGCUUUACUCUGAGGGGCUUUGUCUGUCAGUUUCCCUAUAACUUUGCUGUAAUCUUUUGUUUCUUAAGGGGGACACAUGCUCCGGUUCGGUCCCUCAGGUUGGCAUGACGUUUGUCUAGGUAUCAGCGCCCCCUGGGACUCCCUGCACACCAGGCUCUGGGAAGGGAGGAGGUUGUCGGGAAGGGCUUGUGCUCAGCAGGUCGGUAUGGAAUUUGGCCCUUCUCCUCGGGCCUCAUUAAACACAAGGGGCUGGUGGGUCAUUUAAAGCUGCAGCCAGGUCAUGCCCGCUCCUUCCCACUCCUGCCGAGUCAGGCUGUGCCUGUCCCUGUGAUUUGGAUGAGGCAGCCCUUCAGGGCAAACUCAAGUGCGCUUGUUGCCUCAGCAGGUCCUGCUCCACGUGGCAGCGGUUGAGAGGAAGGGUGCAGGGCUCUCAAGUGUGAAGGUCUUUGUCCUCUGGGCUUAUUUUCUGGGGUAUCCUCUUGGCAGCACAUAAGGUCUACCUUAAGCUGGAGCUGCAGGCCCCAUUGACACAGAUGAUGUGGUCCCUCUGUGCACCUACCUCCUGCCCCAUCAAGCAUCUAUACUGGCCUGGAGGAGAGGCCCCUGCCUCUGAGCCUAGAAAUGUGAAGUUGGCACCUGCAACCUGCUGGGCAAGUGGGCCUAUCCAAGUUCAAUUACAAGAACAAUUUUUAUGAAGUUGAUUAAAGCUUGUUUUUUAA